UGUAUGUCAUCAUCUUAUUCUUAAAAGCCGUUGCUGCGAACAGAGACGACAACAACGGAUGAGCAACGAAGCACACAACAUCAGAUCCACCUGAUUCUGUUUUUCAUCACCUCCUUCUCUGUUCCGUUUCCUCCUCCUCUCUGUUUCGCUUUGGCCCAAUGAGUUGAGCCGCAUUGAAGGAAUCCACGUGCAGUGGACUGAGUGAGUGAGCGAGUGAGCGAGUGAAGAGGAUGUUUCGUUCUGCGAGAUGGAGGAGCGACAAGAACAGGGUCAAAGCAGUUUUCAAGCUGCACUUCCAUGCCACCCAGGUGUUUCAAUCUGGAAUGGAUGCAUUGGUUCUGUCUAUAGUUCCAGGGGACAUUGGAAAGCCAACUACGAAAUUGGAGAAAGCUGCAGUUCGAGAUGGAACUUGCAGAUGGGACAAUCCGGUGUAUGAAACUGUGAAAUUUGUUCAGGAGUCUAAGACUGGGAAAGUCAGUGAUAGAAUAUAUCAUUUUUUGGUUUCAACGGGUUUACCAAAAGCUAGUUCCAUUGGGGAGGUUUCUAUAAACUUUGCUGAUUAUGUGGAGACCACAAAGCCCUCCUCUGUUUCUCUUCCCAUCAGGAUUUCUCAUUGUGAUGCUGUUUUGCAUGUAUCAAUUCAGAGGCUGCAAGAAAACGGUGAUCGAAGAGAGGAAGAUGAAUGCGAAGAUUCCAAACUGAAAUCCGACGAUAGGAGCUCAAGGAACCAAUUGAACAACGGCGAUACGGAUGAAACCACCAAAAGUUAUUCUUCUGAAGAUGUCUCUGCCAAAGCAAUUGUCAAUAGAGCUGAAUUGAGUUCUAAUUACAGGACAUCCAGCGGCUCUGAUAUGACAUUGUCAAGUUCUGAUGACAGCUCUGGACUCGAUACUCCCCGCGAAAUUGGAACAAGAAAAAAGAACAUCCACCUCAACACCAAAGGGUUUCUUCCAGAUCCUGUUCUGCUCCAUGCUUCAGAACCUCAAAACCUUGCUCUCAAUGCCUCAACAUCAAUGCAUGAUGUGCAUCAGAGAUCACACUGGGACUGGUCAGCCGGGUCGGAGCACAGGCUAAGUACAGAUGAUGCAACAUAUGGUUCUCAUCAUAAUUCUCUUCUAAAGGAAAGCUGCCAACAACCUUCCCCUUUAGAGAUUGAAAGUCUCAAAGCUGAACUGGCUGCUUUGGCCAGGCAGGUAGAUGUGUCGGACUUGGAAUUACAGACCCUUAGGAAGCAAAUUAUGAAGGAAUGCAAAAGAGGGCAGGAUCUUACGAAGGAAAUCGUUGUCUUGAAAGGGGAAAGGGAUGCAUUCAAGACAGAAUGUGACAGUCUCAAGUCUUUUCAGAAACGCAUGGAAGAGGCCAAAGUGAGAAAUAGGUCACAGUUGGAAGGUGGAGACCUUCAUGCUCUUGUUGAAGAAAUAAGAGAAGAAUUGGAUUAUGAGAAAGACCUCAAUGCAAAUCUCAGGUUACAGUUAAAGAAGAUGCAAGAAUCUAAUGCCGAACUGGUUCUUGCUGUGCAGGACCUGGAUGAAAUGUUGGAGCAGAAAAAUAGUCAUACGUGUAACCAUUCCUAUGCAAACGACCAGGAUAAAAUUUCAGCGGAGAAAAAGAUAAACCUCUCUAAAUGUGAAUCGGAUGAUGAUGAUGAAGAACAGAAAGCAUUGGACGAGCUGGUUAAGGAACACGCCGAAGCCAAGGAGACACACAUACUGGAGAAGAAAAUAGUAGACCUCUAUGGUGAAAUAGAGAUGUACAGGAGAGACAAAGAUGAGUUAGAGAUGCAGAUGGAACAGCUCGCACUGGACUAUGAGAUAUUGAAGCAGGAAAACCAUGGCCUUGCAUAUAAGCUGGAGCAAAGCGAACUGCAAGACCAGCUGAAAAUGCAGUACGAAUGUUCAUCUUCUCCUUCUGCAAUGAAUGACAUUGAAAUCCACAUCAAGAAUCUGGAAAAUCAACUAAAGGAACAAUCAGAAGAUUUCACAAAUUCUCUGGCUACCAUCAAGGCACUUGAAACCCAUAUCAGAAAAUUGGAAGAGGAAAUGGAGAAGCAAGCACAAGGAUUUGAAGCUGAUCUAGAAGCAGUGACGCGUGACAAAGUUGAACAAGAACAGAGAGCUAUCCAAGCGGAGGAAGCUUUGCGAAAGACCAGACUGAGAAAUGCUAAAACUGCUGAGAGGCUGCAAGAGGAAUUCCGAAGGCUCUCCACACAAAUGACCACAACAUUUGAUGCGAAUGAGAAGGCUACCAUGAAAGCAUUGACAGAAGCGUGUGAAGUGCGUGCACAGAAAAGGGUACAGGAGGAAGAGCUGGAUAAAGUCAAAGAAGAACUUGAGUCAACUACUGCUGAGUAUGAGGUAAAACUGAACCAACUUUCCAACCAAGUAGAUAUGAUGAAAGGGCAGAUACAACAGAUGUUGUUGGAAAUUGAGGACAAGUCCAAGCAGCUUGAAAAUCAGAAGAAGCACGAGGAACAAGUUAGUAGGGAUUUCUCUAAUGAGAUCGGAUUACUAAAAGCUGAGAUUGGAAAGCAUAACAUGGAGAUUUCAUGCUUACUUGUGCAACUAGAAGAUAAGGAAAAUUUAAAAACUGAUUUGGAAAUUAUGAAGAAAUCAGUAGAGGAAUUUGAGACACUUUUACAGAAAGGAACUGUGGAAAGAAAUGAACUGUUGGCAACAAUUGAAUUGUUGAAGAGGGAGGCAGAAGAGUCACUUAAUGAGCUAAACAGAAUCAUCCAUCUCAAGGAUGAAAAAGAAACUGAGGUCAGAGUCUUGCAGUCAGAGUUGGAGGCCGUCAGAGCUCAGUACAAUGACCUGAAACACUAUUUUUCUAAGGAAGAAGUUGAGAAAGAAAAACUGCUAAAGCAAGUUUUCCAGCUAAAGGCUGAAUUGAAGAAGAAAGAUGAUGCUUUAAUCAGCUUCGAGAAGAGGUUCAGGGAAAGUAGUGCACGCGCACAACUUAGCGAUGGAACUAAAAAUAUUCUAAAGAACAAAAAAACUGCUUCAGUUCCUCAGAAUUCAAAGGAAAUAGCCACUCUGAAGGAGAAAAUAAAAACGCUUGAGGGCUUGAUACAGACAAAGGAAACAACCUUGGAAACUUCAACAACUUCAUUUUUGCAGAAGGAAAAGAAACUCCAGACCAAAAUUGAGGAGCUGGAGAACAAGGUAGAGGAAUUCAACCGAAGUGUUGCUUUGCAGAAGGUGGUUCAAGAUAGAAGUUUUACAGCUUCCAAUGAGAUAUCUGCUGAGCUAACAUCGUUGAAGGAAAGAAACAAAUCAAUGGAAAGUGAACUUAAAGAGAUGCAAGAGAGAUACUUAGAAAUGAGCCUCAAUUUUGCGGAGGUAGAAGGUGAAAGACAAAAGCUUGUGAUGGCUGUACGGAAUCUCAAGAGUACCCAGAAAGGCUAAUAUUUCAUAUCUUGGAUUCUGCAUUGUAUAGUUGCAGCAACCAAACAUAUGUCAUACGAAUAAAUUAACGUGUACAAUGGUAAAAUACGUGUAUUUUUUGUUCGUUUUUCUUUCUUAGUCUUGAUAUUUGCCUCCAAUGUUAUCAGUUUGUAAUGUCCAAGUGUUACUUUGUUGCCAAUGGUUCUCUCUCGCUGUCACGUUUGGUAACAAGGAUGAGCUGUUUUCUUGUAUUUUUUUUGCUUUUAUAAACAUACAUAUUCUUUAUUGUAUCUGUAAUUAGAAAAAAAAAUAGUUCUUUUAUUGGUAUAAUUCGAUUUAUCUGACCUA